UUUCGCAGCAUGACUUGCUUGCUCACAUUCGCUCUCGCAUCUGCACUCUCAGCUCAGUUCGUCGCGACUCAGACCGUUCCAAGCGAGCUCUACUCCCCAAUCAUCGCCCAAAAGCUACUGAAGACCGCCCAAUCACAAUCCAUAGCAAACUCUUACCCUCAAUACACAUACCCAGGCGGUAACGGCUCCUGGGAUCUUUUUACCGCCGACACUUGGACAUCAGCAUUCUUCUCUGGCGAGCUUUACCUGCUCAAUCAACGAUUCACCACUCUCUGUCCCGGCAACUCCGCGAACAUCGAUGGAACAAACUGGAUCGCGGAGGGAAUGGACUGGAGCGAGGGGUUGGCGGGAUUGACAGCCAGCAAUACCCUCGGACAUGAUGUGGGGUUCAUCAGCCAGCCUUUCAGGGAUGAUGUCGCCCUCAACUUUGCCAACUCAACCGCGUUGGAUAUCGUCCAAGGCUUCAAUGCAGACCUGUCCGCCAGGUUUAGUCCCAUUGUCGGAUGUACAAAGAGUUGGGAUGGUCCGACGGAUAACGAUUUCGAGGUGAUCAUGGAUAAUAUGCAGAAUCUCGUGUUAUUCCUAUUCACUGCGUCGUUGACCGGAAACCAGACUCUCGUUGAUAUGGCAAUGUCUCAUGCGAACAAGACGAUUGAGAAUCACGUACGAGAUGAUGGUUCGAGUUUCCAUGUGGUGGACUACGACCCCACCACUGGGGGUGUACAAUGGCGCGGGACAGCGCAGGGUUACUCCAACUCGUCGACAUGGAGCCGCGGCCAGGCGUGGGGCAUCUAUGGCUUUGCGACAAUGUACAACUUCACCCGCGUACAGACAUAUCUCGAUACCUCUCGCUGUAUGGCAGACUACUUCGUCUCCAAUCUUCCGGAGGCUGGAGUACCCUACUGGGACUUCAAUGCCCCGCUCUCCCCUCCGCCCUCGUACGACACGUCAGCCGCCACAAUCGCUGCCUCCGCGCUGUUAUUCCUAUCCUCAAUGGAAGCUCAACAGAGCCCUGCCAAUACCAGCGGUGCGCAGCACUGGCAACAAGCUGCCAUUUCUCUCCUCAGCAGCACCGUCCAGCUCGCUUGGCAGCCAGGCGGAGAUUGGGAUAGUCUCCUCUCUAACGGAACCGUGAACAACCGUGCCACUCCGCCAAAUAAUAACACCGGUGUCAUAUACGGAGACUAUUACUUCAUUGAGGCUGGGAACAGACUUGUCGAACUGGGGCUGGUGGAUUGCUCAGGUGCUGUCCUUAAUGGCACCUCUGGGAAUUCGACAGGACCUUCUGGCGGCUCCGGAACUGGGAGUGGGAGCGGACCUUCUCCGAGUGGUCCGGCAAACUCGGCUGCAAUCGGCCCACAAACUUCGUUGCUUAGCGCGGGCAUUCUUGGCAUUCUUGUCGUCGUGGUUGCUCUCAUGAGCCUCUACGAUACAGCUGGCAUCAUGGCCUGGAGUAGGGGAAAGACAGAAAUAAUGGACUGAGAGGACACUGACAUCGUGCGCAUUUGUAUAAGGAUAUUGAAUCAUUAACCAUAUACCUGUUCA